CUGUUAUUCUGUGCCCUUCAGUCGCCAACAACGCAGGAGAGCAUCAUUACAGACCUCAAAGUCGGUUGGUUCCAAAUCAUCGCUACAAGCUUGACGCACAUGCCAUCUAUGGUCGAAUGAGCCCCGCGGAGAUCGACGCCAACGAUUAAGCAUUCGCCAGUCAGAUACCAGAGUCAGUUCCUUAUCUCUUGGAUGCCAGGGGUGGGGCCUGGGCUCGACCGUCACAACUGCAUCUUGAGCGCCUUCUGUGAGCCUAGCAAAGAUAAGCAAUAAGCUCAGAAGCCUCCGUUUCGUCGUAUUGUUCCCCCUUCCCUUUGCCCCCCCUUGUCCAAUCAUUCCCAUUCUAAAGCACUUUACUGAGUAUCUUAGAAAGGCAAGGACUGUCGAGAUAAGGCAUAUGAACCUAGCGUCAGAGGCCCCCCGUCUUGGCUCAUCACAUCACUGCGCUUCACUGCCUAUUACGCUGAAGGUUGCGACAGCGCAGUUUUAGGCCUCUUGCUAUAUUCAAGCUGCUUCUCAGUCGACGGAGAAGAAACUUUCAGCUGAUUCACAAGGCCCAGGAAAGAAGCACGCCGCCGUUGGCGUUCGUCUCAGCAUUCCUCUCGGCUGUGGAGGAGAUUCGCCUGUGCCUCGUCAAGAUCGUGGCUGUCUCUCGCUCACUUCAUAUUGGGUCCUCGAACAAUAAUUCACAGCUUCAGAGCUGUCACUUAUUAGAGCUUCUCCUUGGCUUCCGGCUAACAUGACCUAGGAGACGCGUUGGGUCGAGGAUUAGAGACACAACGUGCAGCAUCGGCACUCUCAUUCAAGACACCGCCCUAGUGCCUCGGCCUACCUACGCUACAGGAAAGAUUGUGUCAUCUCCGUCUUUCUCCCGUCUACAUAUUCUUAUCUGAGAGAUCGACCAGCCAGCCUGCUGCCCAGUAUCAAGUCUACCACGCAGUUGGUGUGGUCCGGUCUCUUUACGCCUCUUGGCCGCCUUCCAUCCCGUCAGCACGUCUCCGUCACCUUCGCGUUUGUCCCCCCCCCCUUCAUCCUUGUAUCCCCGCGGCAGGGCAGGGGAUUUCUUGCGGGAGAAUCAAUCCGGUUUAGCGUCUUGCUGUCCCGGAGAUGCAUCAACCGUCUUCGAUCUUCAAGAAGCAUACGUCUAUCCGUUGCAAGCAUACAUAUAAGAGUGCUCUUUGAGCCUCCCCAGUAGACGUAGUUGUAGAUCUCACCAUUCAGACAAUCGACAACAUCGGCAACCAGGUUCUUUUAACAAGCCUCGAGCUUCGUAAUCCUUGUCUACGUGGGUCAUCACUGGCGACUAACGCGAACCUACGACGUUUACCGACGCCUUGAACCACACGACACCCGAAAACUACGAGGAAACAACGCAAUUUCCAUCACGAUGCAGCUUUCCGUUCUCUGGAGGGCACCCGAGGUGAACCCUAUCAACCGCAAAGCGCGCAGUAUCCCUGUAUUCAACAUCUUCAAUGUCUACGCACGAGCUUUCCACUUUUCGUGGCUCGGUUUCAUGAUUGCCUUUUGGGCCUGGUACACGUUUCCGCCUCUUUUGACGGUCACAAUCAAGAAGGACCUCAACCUUACUACGGCACAAGUCGCAAACUCCAACAUUGUUUCUUUGGUCGCAACACUCUUCAUGCGGCUCAUUGCUGGACCCGCCUGUGAUCGCUUCGGUUCGCGUAUCGUCUUUGGCUCGCUGCUUCUCAUCGGCACUAUUCCCAUUGGCCUUGCACCACUGGUCAAGGACGCCACAGGCUUAUACAUCUCCCGCUUCUUCAUCGGUGUUCUUGGUGCUACUUUCGUUCCUUGCCAGGUGUGGUGCACUGGGUUCUUCGAUAAGAAUGUUGUUGGAACCGCUAAUGCCCUGGCCGGCGGCUGGGGUAACGCCGGUGGUGGAAUCACCUACUUCGUCAUGCCCGCAGUUUACGACUCUUUUGUUCACGCACGCGGCUACUCCCCUGGUCAAGCUUGGCGGUUGACCUUCAUCGUACCCGUCAUCUGCCUCUUCUGCUGUGGUAUGGGUCUUCUUCUCCUGUGCGAGGACACACCGACGGGCAAGUGGGCAGAUCGCCACCUCCAUGCCCAAGAGAACCUCCACUCUCACGGCGUUGAUGCCGCUGUGCGAUCCGACGUUGUCGAUGUUCCUGGCGGUAUCACUGACCGCAACAACACGGGCUCCAUGGCAUCCGAUGAGGAGAAGAACAGCACUCACGGCAAGAACGGUGUUGUUUCCGACCAUGAGGCCUCCCUCUCUCGCACGGAGAUGAUUGAGACGGCUCAAGCUGAUACUGUCGUCAACCCGUCCUUCAAGGAGGCCAUGCAGGUCGUCUUCUCUCCUCAAACCAUCUUCCACGUGGCCACCUACGGCUGCUCCUUUGGCGGCGAGCUGGCAAUCAACGCAAUCCUCUCUUCUUACUACCUGAAGAACUUCCCUUCCCUGGGCCAGACUGGUGCUAGCAACUGGGCUGCCAUGUUUGGCUUCCUCAACGUCAUCACCCGCCCCGCUGGCGGUGUCGUGUCUGAUCUGCUUUACCGCUUUGGUGGACAGAACCUCUGGCUUAAGAAGGGCUGGAUCACGACGUGCGGCGUUCUCACCGGCGCUCUGCUCAUUCUCAUCGGUCAACUAAACCCUCACAACGAAUCAACCAUGUUUGGUCUUGUCUUCCUGAUGGCUGUCUUCCACGAGGCAGGCAACGGAGCCAACUUUGGUCUCAUCCCUCACGUUCACAGCUAUGCCAACGGUAUCGUGUCUGGUGUCACCGGUGCCGGCGGAAACUUUGGCGGUGUCAUUUUCGCCAUCAUCUUCCGCUUCAUGGACCAGGGAACGAACUAUGCAAAGGGCUUUUGGGUGAUUGGCUGCAUUCACAUUGCUGUCAACCUGUUGGUUUCUUGGAUUCACCCGCUUCCCAAGGCUCAGCGCCACUAAGCGCAGGGACGUUCACGAACAUUAAUGACUUUUGGUAACGAUUGGUUUCUCGUUUCGUAGCUCGCUUGUUUUGAAUAGGGUCUGAGCCCGGUAGACUGGCUUUUGGGGGUCUGUCUGGAGUAUGGAACGGACAAAAAUGAUAUCCACUGUUGGCAUUCUUAGUAAAUAAUUCGAUUUUGCGCAAUCUUAGCUUCGUCUACAACGUAUACAACCACCCCUGGACCUUUCCCGUUGUGACUUUGUACUGAUGGCUUAGCUGAUGUGGUUCGGGUGCACUGAACAGAACAGUGAUGGAGUGCCAGAAACGGUACCUCAACCAGGGACCAGUGAGUGAGAGCCCAAGUGGGAAGUUUACUGACGCUUAAAACGUGCGUGCAUAUGAGAAAAGAGGCGCACCUACCUCACAAACAGACUUGUCUGAUGAACCCCGUCGUACCUGCGGCAUCGUGGAUCUCAAAGGAACCGGUAGCUUCCCGGAGUGCUGCCAACACCCUACGCAGUAAGUAAGCAUCUCCCCACUUUCCUGUUCUUCCUUUCCGCCUCCACAUCAUCAGAUCCCGACAUCCCGUCCUUCCAUUCACUCACCCCCUUGAUAGUCUGAAAGAUAAGAGGGCCAUUGCUUCGUCCGAGGAAACCACUGCGCUACUCAGGUACGUCAUGUAUAGGAAUCGAUUGCACAAGCGCCAUAGAGAUUGCGUGUAUAGUGUACUACUAUCCUCAGUCUUUUGCCAACAACAUUGCAGGAGAAA